UGUUUGAAUGAAUGAAUGAGAUGGACUCACACCGUCCAAAACCCUACAGCUGUUGCAGAACUGUUCAGAGCUCUGACCGUCUGAAAUGGGAAAACGCCCCCUCAGGAUUCUGUAAUACAGGUCUCCCUGUCACCCUGGCAAUGCUACACUCACAGAAAGGCGAGGGGCCAAACCCCAGCAGUAUGGAAGUUGCUGGUACUCCAGGCGCGGCGCCGAGCCCUCAGAGCGAGGCAGUGACCUGUGAGCUUCAGGAGCUGUCCCUUCAGCCUGUUUCCAACCUGCUGCCUAUACAGGAGCGCAAGAAUGUCCUCCAGCUCAAACUACAGCAGAGACGCACACGAGAGGAACUGGUCAGCCAAGGGAUCAUGCCACCAUUGAAGAGCCCGGCAGCCUUUCACGAACAGCGGAGGAGUCUGGAGCGAGCAAGGACUGAGGACUACCUGAAGAGGAAGAUCCGGAGUCGCCCUGAGCGCUCUGAGCUAGUCCGGAUGCACAUUCUGGAGGAAACGUCGGCAGAGCCAUCGCUGCAGGCCAAGCAGCUGCAGCUGAAGCGAGCGCGACUGGCCGACGACCUCAACGACAAGAUCUCUCACAGACCAGGACCCAUCGAACUGGUUCACAAGAACAUCCUGUCCGUCAGCUGCCCUCUUCAGUCCUCACUGCUGGAUUCUCCAAAGGGAGCAGGGGGAGAGAGCUCGUCCUUAGAUGAAGACAGCAGCGAUGCACUGUCACCAGAUCAGCUAACUAAUCACGACUCUCCCCUGAGUGCCGUCCCUCAACUGUCCCCCUCCGACGUGCUCAGCCAGAAUGGGGACAUUUCUCCCACACAGUUUCUUACGCAGCCCCCACCUCCACCACCUCCUCCUCAGGUGAAUGGGUCAGAGUCCUCCCCCCUCCCAAAAUUGACCAAUGGGAUGACAGCGACUUCCCGCCCCUCUGCUGGGCAGGUCAAGUCUCAGGCUAAGACGAGUUCAGAUCGUCCUCCACAAAGACCUAAGAAAGCAAAGGACAACAAACCCAAGGUGAAGAAGCUGAAGUACCACCAGUACAUCCCUCCCGAUCAGAAAACAGACAAGGAGCGUCCGCCACAGAUGGACUCGUCCUAUGCAAAGCUCCUGCAGCAGCAGCAGCUCUUCCUGCAGCUGCAGAUUCUCAGCCAGCAACAGCAGCACUACAACUACCACACCAUCCUGCCUGCCCCACCAAAGCCUUCGACCGAACAGCCUCCCACAACCACUUCUGGCCCCUCCCCCUCCCGCAGCAUUCCCACGACGGCCACUCCAGCCCCCUCCAAUCAGAGUGGGACUGCCCGUCAGAGCCAACCUGCAGGGGGAGGAGCCAAACCAGGCCCUCUGCCAGCCAACCUCGAUGAGUUCAAAGUCGCUGAGUUGAAACAGGAACUGAAAUUGCGUGGCUUGACUGUCUCAGGAACCAAGAACGAUCUCAUCGAGAGGCUCCGCAACUACCAGGAGCAAAAUGGCGGCACCCCAGCGAUUUUGAAAAAUGGCGUGUCACAGCCCAGCCAGCAGGGUGAAAAUUCUGCUGCUAGCAUCAUCACAUCCUCUCCAGCCAAAACUACCACUACUGAGCACCAAUCAGGAGAGGUUGGGUUUAAGUUGGCUUUAUCCUCAUUGGCCCAGAUGGCUCCUGGGAGAGUCAUGCGUUUUGGCAGCACCAGCUCCAGCCCACCGGUGUCACCUACUCCGUCCGAGAGGUCAUUGGCAGGGAUGAGUCCGGAUGAGAUGAGCUGUAACGGAGAUAUGUUUGGAGAGAUGGUGAGCUCUCCCCUGACCCAGCUCACCCUGCACCCAUCACCUCAGCACCCAUCAAACAUUUCUCCACUCUCACAGCCUCUCUGUAUGGUCAAAGAGGAGCUCCAGAGCUCAUGCAGCCUGUCCAGGUCUUUGCCUGCCUCAGGCCAGCCUCCAGAGCCUCUGGACCGAUCUUCCAUGGAUAAGGACCAGAUGCUCCAGGAGAAGGACAAAAAGAUCGAGGAGCUAACCAGGAUGCUGAGACAGAAGCAGAGGCUGGUGGAGACGCUCAGGUCCCAGCUGGAGCAGGGCAAGCUGGCAGGUGGAAUAGUGGUGAAGAAAGAAGAGAGUGAGAAGAGCAAAGCAUCCCCAGAGGUUAAACUUCAAACUCUGAUCAAAGCCUCACCCAUUCUGCCCCUGACGCUCCAUAACAGCAUUUUGGUAGAAGUAAAGAAGGAGGGGGAACCUGAGGAAGAGAUGGAGGGUGUAACAGAAGAGGCCCAGGCAAAGAAACUGGCCCAGCCAAUGCAGUGCUCUCAGGAGACUCUGCUCAGGUUGCAGCGGAUUCAUCGGCUGCAGAUCCAACAAGCAGAGCAGCAGAAACAACAGCUGCAACAACCCAGACUGCAGCAGAAUCGGGUGCAGCUCCAGAAAGUGGCAGAGGCUAAAUCAAACCCUCAAAAACAACAGAAGAAAGACACUCAAAUCCUCCAGCAGCUCAUCAUACAGCAGACCCAACAGAAACAGCUCCAGGCCCAGCAGAGGUUAGCUCAGCAGAAACUGGCCCAACAGAAACUCACACAACAGAAGCUCAAACAAACCCAAGGGCACGUUCAGCAGAGCCAACAGAGGAACCAGCUGAAGCAGGUUCAGGUGCAGAUACAGAACCAGACAGCAGUGAGUCAGAAGCCUGCAGGGAACUCAGGCCAGCAAAGGAAGCAGCUGAAGGCCCAGCAGCAGAAACAGCAGGCAGCAGCUGUCACCACACAACAGGCAACCCCAGUCUUCAUCAGCCAACAGAAUGGCACUCAGAUCCACACUCAGGCCAUUUCAUUAGACCUGCUCAAGGCAAACGGAACACCAACACUGGUCACUGACAGCAACGGCAACCACUACCUGAUCGCCCUCACCAGUCACACCACGCAUGGACAGAAUGGAGUGUCGUCACUGGCCAAAACCAACGGACGCAUCCCACUGCAGAGAUUGCAGUCAACUCCAAGUAAACUCCCCAGCACUGAAAGCCAAUCAGAAGAGCAGACAGAGGCCGAGCCAGCGAGCCAACCAAUCAAAAAGGGACAGAAGGCGGGGUUGCACCUGGACGCUGCUGGCACCCCACAGCCCAGCCAGUCAGUCACCGCUCUGCCCAACCUGCAGCCUUUCUUCGACGACAUGUCCGACAGCGAUUCUCAGUCCACCUUCUCUACUUUUCAGGAGAAUGGCAUGAACAGUCAGCAGAUGGACGACCUGUUCGACAUCCUGCUUAAGAGCGGAGGUAAUGACCUGCUGCCACCAGUUGCUGCCGCCAGUUGGUUGUCUCCAGCACUGAUGAGAGUUUUCUGGUUUUCUCUCUGUCCUCCUCCAGAAAUCGUUGGCUUCAAGGCCAACCCGGACCCUUCCCUCGCCCCUCUCCACUCUGACCCUCCCUCCCCAUCUUCUCCCCCAUCUCCCUUCCACCUCUCCCCUACCACCCCUACAGAACCCCUCAUUACCUCUCAGCUUUCUGUGGGAGAGCCCUGUUCAGGCAGCGGACGCCUGGAGGACUUCCUGGAGAGCACUACGGGCACCCCGCUUCUGGGCUUGGAACCGGACGGCAGCCUGACAUUAAUCGACGACCUACACAGCCAAAUGCUGAGCACACCCAGCAUCCUGGGCCACCCUCCUUCUCCCAUGGACACAUCUGAUCUGGACUUCUCCCCCCAUUCUGCAGGGCUGGACUUUAGUGACCCCACUUUGGACAGCAUGGACUGGCUGGAUAUCUCCAUGGUAGCAGGUGUCAGCGGAGGCGGCUGUGGGGUGAGAGGAGGAGGAGGAGGAGGGGGGAGGGCAAGUGGAGGAGAUGGAGGGACAAGUCUGACCCCACUGGCACCUCACACUCCACCCAGCGUCUUCUCUGCAGAUUUUCUGGACAGCACAGACCUGCAGCUGCAGUGGGAGUCAUGUCUGUAGCCCUCGCCACAGACACGCAGGGACAUGUGCUUGCUCACACUGUAUACAGGCUCUGUCUUUACUCGUGCACAUACACAAACCUUCUCUAUGCUGUCUCUAGCACUGCAGUCACUGGCACAUGCAAACACGCACACACACACAUUUACACAAUUUUUCCUAUCUUUGACUGGCUGUUACUAUAUGCAGGAUGAGCUGAAAUAAGAAACAGACAAAGUCAUAGAAGGGACUGAAGCAGACUCCCCCCCCUACAGUCCUAUGUCUUGUGACCUGUAUUAGAACCAAGCAGGAAACUGUAUGUCACUGUACUAACAUCAUUUCAACCCUGGGAAUCAGUUUGACAGAUUAUAGCUGAAUUGUCAGUGACGUUUACUCAGUGUCUGUCUGUGCCUCCGACACUUUGCACUUACACUGAAUCUGAUUGGUUUAAAUGGGGGGUCCAGGUCUACAGUCGAGUUUCAGCGCUGUGUGUGGUGAGGCUGAGUGAGGGCCACCAUAUAUUACAUUCAUCAGCUGAGCUGUUGCUGGUGUGUAAAGAAAGGCAGCUGUCGGUGUCUCAUCACCGUAGCAACCUGGACCCUGCCCACACUAGUCGAAAAAAACAAACAACCGUAACUGGUUGAUCGUUGCUAUUGAAACUAACCAUAUCAGUGGCAACAGUUUGAACUAAAGCCUCAUUGGAGGUUGUGUAUUAUUGUAACAUUAUGGUAGACCAUUAUAUAUUGCUAUAUAUGGGGUGUAUAUUAUCACUUGUCAUAUGACUAUUUUUCUUCGCUGGUUGCUUUAGAGUUGAGCUGGCC